UAUCGCAGACAUUCCACAGCCACAGAAAGACUGCAAAAGCGAUCCGUUAUAGGAGGGACUCUGCCUGUUACUCUGUUCAGUUGCACAAGGAGCUCCGUUUCUACAGCAGAACGUUCUAGAAGCAGCAUGACAAAGCUAUUAACACUGAAAUUCCUGGGAUUUUUCUAAGGCGUUAUCCAGGUAUGGACACUCUCUCUUUGUAGCAUUUUUUCACCCCUGUAAAGUUGUUGUAACUUCAGAAGAAAACUAGAAGCACGAGGUACGUGGUUUUCUACUGAACAGUUAACCAGUAAAUUCAAGCUUCUUUAAACCUGCGUGCCGAUUUUCUGAUGGAUGUGGCUUGAAGGCCCGACGAUGGGGAACACAAUUCGAGGUGUGGUUGCCUUUAUCCCUUCUGAGAAAUGCCAAACAUUCCUGGUGGGGGAGUUGAAGGAGAUGCCCAUUGACCGCAUGGUCGACCUGAGCGGGAGGCAGCUGCGCAGGUUCCCUCUGUUGGCGUGUCGCUUCAGCGAGCUGGUCAAACUCUACCUGAGCGACAACCACCUGCAGAGCCUGCCCCAAGAGCUGGAAGGGCUGAGCAAGCUGCAGAUUCUGGCACUCGACUUCAACCACUUCAGAGAGCUCCCCCAAGUGGUGUGCAGCCUGAAGCAACUCAACAUCCUCUACCUGGGUAACAACCGCUUGCACUCCCUGCCCUGGGAGCUGAGCCUGCUCACCGAACUCAAGGCCCUCUGGAUCGAGACCAACUACUUCAGCGAACUCCCGGCGGUCAUCAGCCAGCUGGCCAACCUCAAGACCCUCCACUUGGGCUACAACCAGCUGCGCUCCCUGCCCGAGGAGCUGGGCCGCCUGAAGGAGCUACGCAGCAUCUGGCUCUCGGGAAACCUGCUCUCCGAGUUCCCCCCCGUGCUGCUGGAGAUGCACUUCCUGGACGUGAUCGACGUGGACAGGAACAGGAUCCGCCGCUUCCCCAGCCUGGCGCAUCUCCGGGGCCUGAAGCUGGUCAUCUACGACCACAACCCCUGCGUCAACGCGCCUGCCGUCUCCGAAGGCGUCCGGAGAGUGGGGCGGUGGGCCAACAACACGGAGGAGGCUGGGGAGGAGAAGGGGAAUAGAGACGAGCAGCCGCCGCCACCAGCCGACACCAAGGAGCUCCCCGCAGAGGAGCAAAGCGAAGCCGAGCAGGAGGCCGCAACCUAGGCCGGACAGCGAUCAAACUCCUCAUGACAAAGUCCCGUUUAAUUUCAGGAGCAAAGCCACGCUUCAUGAGCAAACAGUACUCAUUAUUCACUGGUAGGUCAAUCCGCUGUACGCUAGUGGCUCAAAAUGUUAUCUGUAUAAUCAGUUUAAAUACAGGAUAAUGUGACUUUCCAACAUCUAUGAUGACACAGACCUGACAGAGAAACGUUUAAGGGAGAUGUACUUUGGCAAAACAACAUUUCCACAUACAACCGAGGACUCUAAUGUGAGGGGGAAAAAAAAUCUCAAAACUUGCUUUCCAAACUCUGAGUUUAGGACUGUUAGAGAAUACUUAAUUGGAAGAACGUAUAACUGCAUUUUUUAUCAUAUGCAUACAAAUACUAAUAAACAUUCAUGUUUUAAAUAGAUUGUAGAGCAUUGUCAGAAUUUUGCUCAGCAAGAAAACUUUCUUCCUGAAAGAAACCAUCUCAGCUGAAGGUCAGUAGCAGGACUGAUUCAAUGGUAUGGUAUGUCAUUUAGGAUAAACAAGCCAGUAGUUCAAAGUCACCACAACCUAACAAGUGAAAUAUUUUUAUGAACUCGAUAAGUAAGUUCAGCAGUAGUUAAUAUACUCUAUGCAAACUACACCUAACGCAAGCUCGCCACUAAUACUCGAAGAUUAAUUCCGAUUUCUGAACACCUGACAUGCAUACUCCUCAAACAACAGUUUGCAGAAUAAGUUUACAGACUUGUUUGGCUCUAUCACAGAUCUGUCAAGUGUCUCUUUGAAGCCACAUUUUUUGCUUUAAUCUUGAGCUACACAUUCUCCACAAGGAUUGUUACAAAAACAUUAACAUAAUGAACAGGUUAUUCACACUUGUUGGGAGAGAAGAAUUAACUCUUUGAGAAAAAGCUCCACGCUUAUAAGGCACAGGUUUACCCUUUAUCAUCUGGUUUUCUAUACCUUUUCUACAUCUAAAGCUCUAAUUAUCUCUCACGUUUAAUUGUUUGCUUCUUGGCUUAUCAGUUGCUUGAGUUUUAGGAUGCCAGUUUGCCAAUAUCAUAACAUGAUUGUUUUAUUGACUGUUUCUUGCAGUUAAAGAAAAACUGCAUUCUAAUUCUUAACACUUAAGGAGCUAGUUAGUAAACUACCUUUCCACCCCAAAUCAAAGUUGAUCUGUUUGGGACUGCAGACCUUAAAUGAGAAUUUAAGACUUCAAUAAACCACUAUUCUGACAGGGGCCAUUAGAGAUCAGGUAAUCAACAGACACAAAUUCAGUUACAAAUAAAAUACAAAAAAUGUAUCAGUAACUUUGGAAUAGAAAUUUCAGUUUAGAAGUAGUAAAGAAUAAAAACGGACUAAUGGAAACUUCAAAUAUCUAAUCAUAUGAGCCAUGAUGACACCGAUUGACACUGUUUUGUGUUAAAACUUUCAACUGGGCUGUCAGGAACAGGAUGCCUGACAUGCCAUUGUAGGUUCUCACUCUGUAACACUGUAAAUAUUAAAAUAAAUCAUUUGAACUUGUGAAAGACAUGGUUUGUAUUAAAAAAAGAGCAUUUUAAAGGACAAUCAUACAGUAUACUUCUUACUGACUGUAUGCAUGGAGCCAGAUUAAUAAUUCACAUUUAUCCUUUGCAGACAUAGAACACGAAUCCUUCUGAGGUGCUAAGCAUAGAAAUAUUCAAGUAUCGUUGAAGCGGAAACAUCCGACUUCUCUUGCUGCUGUUCUGUCAGGAGGCUGCAGCUGAAAUUGAACGCUUAUU